AUGGCUGGUGGUGGAAAGAAACAUGGACGUUUCAUGAUCGGGGAUGGAUUCAUUGACUCAACAACAGUCUUUGGUGACUGUUCACCUGAUGAUCCACGGCCUCGUAGAAGAUCUAGGACAGAUCAGGACAACACAAAUCAGAUUGAAGACCUUUUGCGGCAGCUACAAGAGGAGCGUGAGGCCAGGGAAAGAGAGCAUGAAGAGAGGGAGCGUCAGGAGAGGGAGCAGGAGAAGGAUCGUGAGCGUGAAGAGAGGGCAAAAGAGAAGGAGCAGGAGCGGAAGGAGAGGGAGUUGGAGCACAAGGAGAGGGAGUUGGAAAAGAUAGCGUUCCAACAGAAAUCAACAUAUUUUGAAGCUGCUUUAAGAGCGAUACAAAGUAAGCUGAACAUAGACCUGUUACCUUCAGUCUCAGCUCCCUUACCUGUCAUGUUGACUCCCCCAACUUUAUCUGGUGUGGCUUGGACUGGAAACUCAGGCCCUGAACAUGUUGGGGCUGGUGCUGUCUCUGGUGCAAUUGUGAACAUUUAGCACACCGCAGCAGACAAGAUCUGAAGAAUAUUAGGAGUGUUUUGUAUAGCUGAAAAGAAUCGGCUAGUUAUACAUGACUGAAACCAUGGAUGUGUUUUGUAACUAAACUGACCUGGAUGGUCAUAGCCAUGAAGUUGGUCAGCUGUUGGUUGUGGCUGUCAUACUAAGUAGUCUUUUGUAGUUAAUCACCUAGGUAUACUUCACUAAGUCUUACCUAAACUUAAGUUUAUAUGGAACUCUAGUAGCUGUUGGCUGUGCCUGCUGCCUUAGGUUGGCUGUCUGUUGUUUAUGUACUGUAGGUCAUAUGUGGGUAUUCACUGUAACUUGUGAAUUGAAAGUACGGUACUUUUGGUCAUAUAU